AUGUUUGCAUUUGCCUGGCUCGUCGCGCCCUGCUACACGGCGCUCCUGCGUGGUGCUCCCAAUGGCCGGCGCGGCUGUGGGUUACCUCCCUGCAUGCAGUCUCAUGAGCCGGUUCACGAUGCGAUGUUCCGGCCGGCAAAGGUGGCGCCCGCGGGCAUCCAGCACAUGGCGGACAAGAUCUGCCUCGUCAGCACCGACGCGGCCGACGCGGCGCCGUACUUGGGCAUUUACCGAAAGGGCGUGUUUGGGCACAGCGGGAAAAACAAGUACCAGAGGCACGGGUACUACGAGCAGGUGGGCGACCCGAACAAGAUCGUCUGGUGGGACGGAGAGGGCGGCGUGUGGACCGUCGGGUGGCGCACGGUCGGCGGGCGGCACUAUGCGGUGGAUUCGCUCGUCGGCACCUUGUGCGUCGAGGACGCGUCUGCAGAGGGAGAGGAGGAGGCGUGGGAGGGAGAAGGCCGGGUCUUCCUGCUGGGCCCGACGCGUCGUGAAGGGGAGCGGCCGUGGAAGGCGACACCGACAAGAGCAAGGCGAGAGCGCAGCGGCAGCCCGGACGGGUAUGGGGGCGGGCGCAAGGCGCUCGGCCCGCACGGGCUCGUCAGCAGCGGGACGAGCGCCAACUCGGCUCGCUCCGCUUCCGCGGCGCGCAGGGUGCGGCUGCAGCAGAUCGAGGAGCGCGCGGCGAGGGCGACUGCCGCCGCGGCGGCGGCGCGCAGCGGCGGCGGCGGCGAGGCGGCUGCGCCGGAGGAGGCGGCCGCGGAAGCUCUCGGCAGGUGCGACGCGCUCGAGUCUGCGCUCAAGUCGACGCUGCGCGUGUACGAGGCGGCGGUGCGGCGGAGCGAGGAGGCGGCGGAGGCGGCGGAGGCGGCGCGAGAGGCGUUCGGCGUGGCGGCGGCGGAGGAGGAGGCGGCGGAGGCGGCGGUGUGCGAGGCGUUGGCGGGGCUGGAGCCGCAGGGGGGUGAGCCGCCGCGAGGGACGGAGUGA